GCCCCGCGGCGGCGGGCGAGGACACGCCCCCUCAGGCCACGCCCACAACGGCUGAGGACACGCCCCUUGUGAAUGGCCGCGCCCCCGCAAAUGACCGCGCACCUCAGACCACGCCUCUCUUCCAGAAACGGCGGAAAACGGCUAAAAAGGCAGCAGCGGGACAGAUGUGCCCCCGGCUGUGGCGCAGGAUGCGCCCCCCAUGGCUGCUGCUGUUGCUGUGGGCACUGCCGGCGGUUCGGCCCUACGGCUUCCGCAACUGCAUCCAAUCGCCAUGGGACGCGGGGCUGUUCCGCUGCGUCCAGCGCUUCGUGGACUCGGUGGGCGCCGCCGUGGCCGAUUUGCCGCCGGCCGCCACCGCCCUCAACCUCUCGCACAACGCCGUGGCCCGCGUGCCACCCGCCGCCUUCGCCCACCUGCCACGCCUGCGCUCCCUCGACGUGGCCUACAACCACCUGGACACCGUGGCGCCCGGGGCUUUUGCCGGGCUGGCGGCGCUCGCCACGCUGGAUUUGUCCCACAACCGCUUGGCCGCGCUGAGUGAAGGCAGCUUCGCUGGGCUGGAAGCACUGGUCAAGCUGGAUUUGGCCCACAACCGCCUGGCCGCGUUGGCCACCGGCGCCCUCGCCGGGCUGGGCAACCUAUCGGCGCUGCGGCUGGACCGCAACCCGCUGGCCGUCGUGUCUCCGGACGCCCUGGUGCCGCUCGCCAACCUGAGCCGCCUGUCGCUGCGGCGCUGCCGUUUGCCCACCCUGGGGCCGGUGGUGGUGGCCGUGCGGCCGCUGCGGCGCCUGCAGCUCCUGGACCUCUGCGGCAACCGGGUGUCUGCGCUGGGGCCGACGCCGGCGCUGCCGCCGGCGCUGCGCGUGCUGCGGCUCUGCAACAACUCGCUGGGCUCGCUGGCCGGUGCAGAGCGGGGGCUGGCGGCCACGCUGCGCGUCCUCGACCUCUCCUACAACAACAUCUCGGCCGCCGAGCCCUUCGCCCGUCUCAACCUGCGCAACCUCAGCCGCCUGCACGUGGCCGGCAACCCCCUCAACGUCUCCCAGCUGCUGCGGGUCUCCGACGUGCAGCCGCGCAGCCUGGAUUUGUCCGGGCUGCGCUUGGAGCUGGUGGUGCUGGAUGAGCUCUGCCGACUCUUGGGGCGUUCUGCGCUGCGGCAGCUGCAGCUGCACCGCAAUGGCCUGCGGACGCUGCCGGAGGGAGCGCUGGCUGCCUGCCCGCCUGCCCGCACCCUGGAUCUCUCCAGGAACCGGCUGCAGCGGCUGGACUGUGUGGGGCGGCUGCUGCGGCCGGAGCAGCAGCAGGCGCUGCAGGAGGUGGUGGUGGAACACAACCUGCUGCGGUCGCUGCCCUCGUGCCAGGAGGCGCCGACGCUGCCGCAGCUGCACAAUGUCUCACUCCGCUUCAACCGCAUCCUGGUGGUGGGGCCGCAUGCCUUUGCUGACGCGCCGCGGCUGCGGGUGCUGCGCCUCAACAUCAACGGUCUGGCGUGCUUGAACCGGGAUGCGCUGCGGGGGCUGACGGAGCUGCGGGAGCUGCGCCUGGACAACAACCUCCUGACUGACCUCUACCCUGGCGCCUUCGGCGACCUCGGCCAGCUGCGCAGCCUCAACCUGCGCAACAACCGCGUCUCCGUCCUCUUCUCCGGCGCCUUCGCGGGGCUGGCGCAGCUGGAGACCUUGGAUUUGGGGGGCAACAACCUGCGGCACUUGGGGGCUGCGGCGCUGCGAGGGCUGGGGAGGCUGCGACGCCUCUACCUGGACCGCAACCGGCUGCAGGAAGUGAGCGCCGAGGCGUUCCGCCCGGUCCAGGCAUCGCUGGGCGUGCUGGACCUCAGUGCCAACAACCUGCGGUUCAUCACUCAGCGCCCGCGGCAACGCCCGCCCUUCCGGCGCCUGCGGCAUCUCUACGACCUGAAGCUGCAGGCGCAGCAGCCCUACGGGCUCCGCAUCAUCCCACACGGCUUCUUCCAGGGCCUGAACGCGCUGCGCUCCCUCUACCUGGCACAGAACUGGCUCCUGGCCGUCUCCGCCGACGCAUUUGAUGACCUGGCUGAGCUGCGCUACCUGACGUUGGCUGACUGCAGCGGCGGCAUGGGCGACCUCCCCGCCGGCGUCUUCAAGAACCUGAGCAACCUACGCAUCCUGGACUUGGAGAACGCAGGGCUGCGCAGCCUGGGCACCGAGGUGUUCGGCAACCUGAGCCGGCUGGAGCGGCUGCGGCUGGGCAAGAACGAGCUGCGCACGCUGGACCCGCAGCUGGACGGCCGCCUGCCCGCCCUGCGCUACCUGGACCUGCGCAAGUGCCCGCUGAGCUGCGCCUGCACCAACGCGUGGCUGCCGGGCUGGCUGGGCCGCGGUCGCGUGCAGGUCGUCUACCUGUACAACUACAGCUGCGGCGGCAGCGGGCCGCCCGCCUACCUGCACGCCUUCGACACACGCGUCUGCUUCCUGGACGUGGGGCUCUACCUGUUUGCCGGCACGGCGCCGGCAGUGGUGCUGCUGCUGGCGCUGCCACUGCUCUACCACCGUGCCUACUGGCGGCUGCGCUACCACCUGUACCUGCUGCGCGCCUGGGUGAACGGGCACUGGCGGCGCGAGGAGCGCCGUUACGCCUACGACAGCUUCGUCUCCUACAACUCGGCCGACGAGGGUUGGGUGCUGGGCGAGUUGGUGCCGGAGCUAGAAGGCGCUUCCCUGCGCCUCUGCCUGCACCACCGCGACUUCAGCCCCGGCAAAGCCAUCGUGGACAACAUCGUGGACGCCAUCUACAACAGCCGCAAGACGGUGUGCGUGCUGAGCCGCAGCUACCUGCGCAGCGAGUGGUGCUCGCUGGAGAUCCAGCUUGCCAGCUACCGCCUCUUCGACGAGCUGCGCGACGUCCUGGUCCUCAUCUUCCUCGAGGCCAUUCCCGACGCCGAGCUCUCCGCUUACCACCGCAUGCGCCGCGUGCUGCUCAAACGAACCUACCUGCGGUGGCCGCCUGAGCCGCCGGCGCAGCGGCUCUUCUGGGCCAAGCUGAAACGUGCCCUGCGCAGCGGCUACGCCGAUGGCGAGGAGGAGGAGGAGGAGAAGGAAGGCUCCAGGGAAGGCUCCGAGCUGCCCUAGUG